CUACUUGCUGGCGGUCACCUAUACACCAAUUCUUUCUCUACCUGCCGCUCGUCUUGAACCUUCCCGUCGUCGAACCGUCUCUCUUAUUCUCUCUUAGUACCCUUGUCCACUUUGUUUGGGUCAAUUCCUCUUCCUUAUUUUGCCUUCUCUUGUCCCGCUAGCCUCGCGCCCUCCGUCGACCCUAACCCCGGUCAUCUCUGUCCGCGACGCGUAGCGCAUCGUACUUCGGCCCUGAACGCUGGCCUAACGUCAGACAUCUAACCAGCUUAUUUAAACCUCUCACCUGAUAUCUAGUGCUAACCAAUCCCUAAAAAUGGGUUCUUUCGAACGUACUUCGUCCCCAGUCCUUACCAUGUCGCCGAGUGCCGCUCACCAAGGCGUGUUCGGCAUGCCCUCCUUCUCGCAUCAGUCCUCCCCCCUCAGCCGGUCCAAGGCGUUCGGUGCCGCUUCGCUGUGGCCUCAAGCUUCCAUGACGGCCCCUUCCACCGCCGGCCGCAAGCGCUCCCGGGACGAGGCAGCCAUCAACCUGGACGUCGAGGAGGCCAAGCUCGCAACCAUCGAACCGGUCAAGGAGCCCGAAGACGGCUGGGUUUACGGCGAAGGGAUGAUGCUCAUCAAGUCACCCUCGUCGUACGUCGCCGAAGCGGGCAGCCAGUCCGGCACCUGGGUCGAAGAGAAGGCAGCCGCGAAGGAGAUCCGCCGCAAUGAAGAGGCCCGUGCCAUCAACCAACAACACCGGCCAUCCCUACGAAGCCACAAGUCGCAACGGCUGGAUCUGAACGCUGCCGUCGUAUCAGGUCACGAAUCGAAAGCCAACCGCCGUAGCCCCGUUCGCGAGAUGAACCCCGUCUCUGGCGCGAGCCCGUCCACCACGGACACCAGCAGCCAACCCGUCAUCGACAACUUCACACUCCACCUCGGGAUCGGAUGGCGACGCAUCAGCGAGGACGAGCACAUCCAGGCGGCCGCUCGCGGCUGGGCGAGAUACAUCGAAAACCACUUCCCCGUCACCAACGUGCGCGUACAGCUGGAGAGCAAAGGCCUGCAAUCCUACCUGAUCGAAGCUUCCGAAGGGUUCUUCCUGUUCUCGGAGAAUCUACGCCAGGGCCAGCUCGUCAGCCGGGACCUCACCCGGGCGUUCGCCAACCUCAAGACGUCUCCUCCCGUGUUCGACGGCGUCGAGGUGAUGACUGCGGCGGAAUCGCCCAAGCCGGCCGCCGCCGCGGCCUUUCCCUCGGUCGUGGUGGCCCCGGUAGACGUCGAGAUGGACAUGAACUGAGCGGCGGCCCCGAGCUGCUUCGGGACCACGGCUGAGCGAGGGAAGAGGGUCACUGAUUGCAUUUUUGUGGUAGGGCAGGCCGGCGCGAAUUGGCGAGAGGCAUCUCGGAGUCGGCUGGUAUUGACAGGGUGCAUCGAAUCACCUUGUCGCUUUCUCAUCAUGCUUAUUCUUCAGUUAACGGUUUAUUUUCAACGGCUUUCCCUUGAUGAUUUCGAGCCAGUUCGUAUCUGGACUAAAAAGUUUCGCGGGCCUGGAGUCUUGAUGCUUUUUUCCCGCCUCGCUCUUGAUGGCGUUGUACGCAUAGCUUUGUACGAUAGAAAUCUA